CCUCAGUCCCUCACAUGUCGAGGGUUUUCUGGGAAAGGCACAGGUGUAUCGCCUGCGUGUGUUGUGAUGAGGGCUGCUUUAUUUCCGUAAGUGACUUGUGGAAAACUUAUGAUAUCCUGCCUCUGCCGAAGGGUUCCACUUUGAUGUUUGUCCGGAGGCUGCAUGCGUCAAUUGUAAAUUGUUUGUUUCUAAGGAAUUUUUUGUUGUAUAUGAUCCCCGAGGGGUGUAUCCCAUACAUCGAGGCCCAAAAGCCUAUAAAUACCCAAGGCCAGAGCCAUUUGUUUUGUGCGUUCCUUAAGCUAUAGCGAAGCUCUGCCAAAUUUUCUAGAGAGAUAAACUCCCGCCCUCGAUCAGACUAAUCUUUCUGAGGUGAUAUUAUGGAUCCGAAGGCGUUCGCCAAGCUGACCAAGAAGCUGGCCAAGGAGCCAAGGAAGAAGAAGGAGGAGGGGUCCUCGGCGAACCAGCCUCCUGUUGACGAGGUGUUGAAGAAGGCAGGGGCUCCCAAGGUCCCGGAGGGUGGGGACCUCUCCCAAAAACCCGUUGCUGAUUCCGGUGCUGGUGCCGGAGGCUCCCAAGACGGGGAGCUAAAGAGGAAAAAUGCCGGGAAGGGCGUCUUGCCCCCGGAGAAGAAGAAGAAGAGGGGUGAGGGGGGCAAGGAUGCCCCCUUAGUGAUUAUCGAUGAACCCCCUUCGGGUAAGCCCUCGGAUUCCCUCCCCCAAGUGGAUCUUGACGAGGGGGCUUGGCCCCUGGAAAAGGUGCAGUUCCCCAUCAAGAAGGGGACAGCUAUUAUGCAUGGCACCCUUGAUCCGAGGGAGUUCCUGAGGGGCGCCACUCCCUCGCUGGAUCGAUCAACCCUCGGCAAGUUCGAGGACGAGUCUCUCGAGCUCAAGGCCCUUCAAGCCUCGGUCACGUCGAGCAUUGCCCUCGGGGAGCUAGUCAGGAGGGCGGAACAGCGCCGUGUUGAAAGGGCGAGGUCUGAGGAGGCCAUGCGGAAGCUGAUUGCUAAUAACACCGAGGCCAUCAGGCAACUGGCCGGUCUGGAGGAGGCCCUAAGGCAAUCUGAGCAGAGGCUAGAGGCUGCCAAAAAUGAGGCUAGGGCCGAGGGCAUCGCUAAUGGGAAGGCUGAAGCAGAGAAAACUGCCGCCGAAGCCGCCAAAGCCGCCGCCGAGGAAGCUGACAAGGCCAAAGCCGAUGCCGUCGCCAAAGCCACCGAGGAUGCCGUUGCUUCUUUUGUUGCCGAUGGCUGGAGGGCCGAAGAGUACCAGCAGUGGGUGGCCUCGGUGGUUGAGGCCAAAGCGGAUGCCUGGGUGAAGGGCCCCGGGGCAAUGUGGCUUGCCCUGAAGGGGAAAAGUUUUUACGAGGGCGCCCAAUACUUUACUCAGGCUAUGCUGUACCGGAGGCUGGCCCGACACCACGGCGUAGAUCCGAAGGAGUUUCAGCCUGAAGCUUAUGGCCUCCCCCCCUUCUGCCGGACGUGAGGGUUCCUUUGCCCGAGGGUGAAGAAAGGGAGCUGCUCGAGGACUCGGAGCUGGCCCGAUGCGAUUCAGAUGGCGACGGAGCCGAAGAAGAUGCCUCCUCGAAGCCGAAAGAGGACAGAGCUGAGAAUGCUCGAGUUUAAAAUUUGUUUAAGCACAACUUGUAAUAGUUAAAUAGGCUUCCGGCCCCG